AAAUAGUUAUAAAAUUGAGUUUGGUCCAUAAAUCUUGUGUCUGUCUUUUUUUAUAAACGAGCAAUGGCACACCUUAAUCUGUUUGUUUUUUGUGCACUUGUAAAUUUUGCUAAUAAUGGGGUAACUUCAGCUGUUACUGGAUUGACUGAUGAUGACUUAAUAAUAACAUUAUCUACAGGAAGUAAAGUCCGAGGACACGUCCUUCAGAGUUUUGAAGGUAAUAAUUUCCAUGCUUUCGAAAGUAUUCCAUAUGCAGAACCACCGAUUGGAAAGAACAGAUUUCAGCCGCCUGUAAUAAAAACACCAUGGGAAGGAAUAUUAAAUGCAACUGCUAAUGAAAAAAUGUGCCCACAAUUGCUUUCCCAUAAUGAUCCUGUCGUAAUAGGAGAGGAGGAUUGUCUGAUUCUAAAUGUAUAUACACCAUUGAAAAGUGAUCUUCAGACGCCCCUACCUGUGUUUUUCUGGAUUUAUGGAGGAGGUUUUGAUAGUGGACAUUCCGCUUUGUAUGAUCCAAGAUUGUUGAUUGAUUUUGAUAUUGUAAUUGUAACAAUUAACUAUAGGGUGGGAUCUUUAGGCUUCCUAACAACCAUUGAUGAUAAUAUUCCUGGAAACGUGGGUCUUAAGGACCAACUUCUUGCCCUUCAGUGGGUACACGACAACAUUAUUGCCUUUGGGGGCGAUCCCAAACAAGUUACUGUGGGUGGUGAAAGUGCUGGAAGUAUGUCUGCAGGAUUUCAUUUGCUUAGCAAGGCAGCCAAAGGAUUAUACAGUGGAAUCAUCCAACAAAGUGGCUCGCCAUUGGCAGGGCCCUUCUAUCCAUCAAAUGAUAGAGAAAUUGCAUUUGAAUUUGGAAGACAAUUAAAUAAAUCGUUCACUUCUAGUAGAUCCAGUGAUUUACUAGCAAUGUUGCAGGAAGCGUCUCUCACAGAUAUACUUAAUUUACAAGCUACGUUUUCUGUUGGAGUUAGGCCACAAGGGUUCAUGUCAACGAUAGUCUGGAAGCCAGUUAUUGAGGAAGAGUUUAAUGAUAAGGCUUUCGUUACUGGACCUAUGCACAGUGCCAUUCUCAAUGGUGACUUCAACUUUGUUCCUGUACUUAUAGGCUUGAAUUCUGAAGAAUCUUUAUUGUUUUUUAAUGAUGUCGAUGAAGAAGAAUUUAACCAAACAGCAAAAUUUUUCGAUGAGAAUACAAAGGAUAUUAUAUCUAUAUCUUUAAAUAUAGCUGAGGAAUUUAGAGAAAAUGUGGGCAAAACAUUGAAAAGUCUCUAUACUAACACAUCAUUUCAGGAAGACUCACUUGGAUUUAUAAAAUAUUCCAGCGAUGAAGUUUUUGGUCGAUCAAUAAUACGUCAGGCUGAAGGCGCUUCUCGGUAUGUUCCUGUGUAUAUGUAUCAACUAUCUUGGUAUAACAAAAACAACCGUUUUCCAGGUACUGGGCAUGCAUACGAUUUGUAUUACCUAUGGAAUUUAUCUGUAGAUAGUUCUGGAUACAACGAUUCACUUCGCAAACCUAUACUUAAAUGGUGGACUAAUUUUAUUAAGUAUCAAAAUCCCACUCCUGUAGAGGAUAAAGACCUACAAAAUAUUAUUUGGCCAGAAGUUAAACCUGGUUCUGUGAAAUAUUUGAAUAUUGAUUCCACAUUUGAAGUUCAAGAAAACCCUCGACGAUAUUAUCAAAUUGAAUCAAUUCUGGAUCCAUAUACAAGAGAACCACUAAUAUCGUUCUGAAAUGUAUAAUAUAUAAUGCCAAUAAAAGAAAUAAAAUUAAAAACCAAAAAA